UAAACUACAUAAGCUGGACAGACAAAGAGAAAGAGGAGUUUAUUGCAAAGUUCAAAGAACAGAAAGUAGUUAUUGACGAGCUGUCCAAUCUAAAGAAAGAUAGGGUCUUGUGAAAAUGAAAAGCAUGGGGCAACAUGAGCAUCUGGUAUACAAACAGCAGCCGAACAGCAACAUUUACUUUCUUGCAGAUCAAUUAACAACACUUAGUGAGUGUAAAAAGAAAAUGGACGACAUCACACUUGCUUAUCAGGAAAUAUCUAAAAAUUUGCAAGCCAACAAAUAAUCUUUCAGCUGGCCAAGAUGUGUGGAAUAUGCUGUACGGUCAGUUUGACUACUGAUGCAGUUAAACCUUAUAGUCAAGGUUUCAUAAAUUUACAACGUCGAGGCCCCAACAGCAGCCAUGAACUGUUACAUACAGAUUAUUCUCACAACUACAGUUGUUUUUUCUCCGGCCAUGUUCUUCAUUUACGAGGACAGCUAACUCCUCAACCUUUGCAAGAUAAAAAAGGCAAUAUAUUUCUUUGGAAUGGAGAAGUCUUUGGUGGAGUUGAUGUUCCAGGUGCUGCUAAUGACACGGAAGUAAUGUUUCAGAACAUUGUCGCCUGUGAUAGUGAGCAUGAUAUAUUAUCAUUAAUUUCUAAAGUACAAGGGCCUUGGGCUUUCAUUUAUUAUCAGAAGAAAAAGCAUAACCUAUGGUUUGGAAGAGAUUUUUUUGGUCGCCGCAGUCUUUUGUGGAGGUUUGGGGAGACCCCGAAGGAAGCAUUGUGUCUCACUUCUGUUACUGAGUUACAUUGUGAAGCUGAGGCACAGUGGCAUGAGGUUCCAGCAUCUGGGAUUUUUAAAUGUAACUUAAGCUCAUGUGCAGAAUUAAAAUUAAUAAAAUUAACAUUAUAUUCAUGGAUGUAUACUACAAAGGAAGAACAAACAGAAAAUAGGCAAAAAAUUGUUUCUUUUGACUUUGAAAAAUAUGUGUCCAAAAUUACUUUUGGUGAUUGUCUGCUUAUUGCUCCAGUUACUCCAUUAAAUAGAAAAAUCCCUGAAUUGUUGCCAGUGUCAAACUGCAGAGCAAAGUCUGACCAUGUUAGUAUAGAGGAUCUUAAAAUGCUGAUCUCAGAAGUACAUAAGAAUAAUGCGGAGUCUUUUAUCAAAGUCUUAAGUGAAGCUGUGAAGAAACGUGUUUUCUGUCUACCACGAGAAAACAACGUAUUGACUUCAGAAGCUGAAAAUCUGGCAAAUGUCGCUAUCCUUUUUUCAGGUGGAAUUGAUUCAAUGAUGUUGGCUGCUCUUGCAGAUAGACACAUUCCACCAGAGGAACCUAUUGACUUGCUCAACGUUGCAUUUAUGAUGCAGGGUGAUAAUUCCAAAACACACAAAACCAAGAAAUGCUCUGCACCUUCACAUCAAGUUGAUGCUAAGGCUCUUAAAUACUGUAAUCCUUUUGAUGUUCCAGAUCGAAUCACUGGAAGGCAGGGUUUAGAAGAACUUAAAGCUCUGAACCUGAGAAGAAUCUGGAAUUUUGUUGAAAUUAAUGUUACACUUGAAGAACUGGAGCAGAUGAGGCGACAGCAUAUCUCACAAUUGAUACAACCUUUGAACACUGUUCUUGAUGACAGUAUUGGCUGUGCUGUUUGGUUUGCUUCCAGAGGAACUGGCAUGCUGAAAUGCAAUGGUGAAACAAAGCCAUAUACUAGCACAUCUAAGGUUGUGCUCACAGGCAUUGGUGCAGAUGAACAGCUUGGUGGUUAUUCUCGUCACAGAGUAAGAUUCAACAGAGAAAGUUACAAAGGCCUUCUUGAAGAAUUGAGCAUGGAGUUAGGACGUAUCUCUUCCAGAAAUCUUGGACGAGAUGACAGAGUUAUUGGUGACCAGGGCAAGGAAGCAAGAUUUCCAUUUCUGGAUGAAAAUGUGGUUUCAUUUUUGAACUCUCUUCAACUCUGGGAAAAAACAGACUUGUCGCUAGCUAGAGGUCUUGGUGAAAAGUUAAUUUUGCGAAUAGCAGCUGUAAUACUUGGACUUGGCAACUCUUCAGUUUUGCCCAAAAGAGCCAUGCAGUUUGGAUCCAGGAUUGCAAAAAUGGAAAAAAAAAAUGAAAAGGCAUCAGACAAAUGCAGCAGACUAAAGCCAGACGUCGCUCAGUAA